AUGACUGGACUCGCGUCGUUGCCAUCGUUAUCGUCGUCAUCGUCGUGGUUUAGAUGUUGUUCCUGGGCUUUCCCAGCUAUUUGGCAUCGGUCCCUACACGCUAGUCCUAAUCGGGUUAUACACCACGCCGCCUUUGGGGAGCCAUGCGGCAAAGGCGGCAAGGGUCUCGGAAAGGGUGGUGCAAAGCGCCACCGCAAGAUCCUUCGCGAUAACAUCCAGGGCAUCACCAAGCCUGCCAUCCGUCGUCUGGCCCGUCGUGGCGGUGUCAAGCGUAUAUCUGCCAUGAUCUAUGAAGAAACCCGCGGCGUCUUGAAAUCCUUCCUCGAAUCCGUCAUUCGCGACGCAGUCACGUACACCGAGCACGCGAAGAGGAAGACUGUCACGUCUCUCGAUGUCGUCUAUGCGCUGAAGAGACAGGGUCGUACCCUGUACGGAUUUGGUGGAUAG